AUGUUCAGCUUCAACUGCGUGUGCCUGCUGCUCUCCUUGGCGCUGUUCUGCCUGCUGCUGACAGGUUCAGAAGCUGCGCCAAGUCCUCAAGCGGAGGCAGAAGCUGCCAGCAGCGAUUUGGUGGCAGGCGUUGAGGCCGAGGAGAAGGAUCUGCAGGGCGCUGCCUCCUAUGGCUACGGUUACUACUCAUCGCCCUAUUUCGGCGGCGGCUACUACGGCGGCGGCUAUUGGCCACACUACAGCGGCAGCUACUACGGCCUGGGCUAUCCCUACUAUGGCGGCUACUAUGGACUGCAUCAUCAUCAUGGACAUUAUGGACACUAUUACUAG